CUACUGCUCCACCGCACACACAAGAGGUGAAAGUUUCCUUGAACGCUGACAACAAACUUUUCGUGAAUUUGUCAGGCGUAUUUGACCAUAGCAGUGGACAAGUUAGGAACGGGACCGUCACUUUAGACCGACUUCCCGUCCGUUUCAGAAAUGUCUUUAGCUGACCAAAGUCAGCAAUGGUUUCCGACAAGCGUACAGGUAACGGUACUCCAGGCGAAGAACCUGAGGAUCAAGGGAAAGAAUGGCACUAACGACGCGUACGCCAUCAUGCAAGUGGCCAAAGAGAAGUUCUCCACUUCGGUAGCCGAGAAAUGCGUUGCUCCGGUGUGGAAAGAAGAGGCCACAUUUGACCUACCACUUUUUCACCAGGGUAAUGCGGACCGGUGUACGUUACACGUUCAUGUCAUGCACCGGGCUCUGGUUGGACCGGACAAGCUCCUCGGUCAGGCAGUGAUCAACCUGCUGGAUUUGGAGCAAAAUAAGACCCGCAAUAAAACAGAAUGGUUCAAGCUGCUGGAUAAGUCUGGCAAAGCCGACAAAGUCAGGGGUGAGGUCCUGCUGGACGUCCAGUUCAUGAAGAACAACAUGACGGCCAGCAUGUUCGACCUGUCCAGCCAGGAGAAGAGUCGCUCUCGCAUGGGCAAGCUCAAGGACAAACUCCGCGGCAAGAAGAAGGAAGGGCUGUCCGACUCCAUGUCCGCGGUGGUGCCAUCGGUCACCCAGGUCCUGACCGACAGUGAGGGCGAGGAAGAGGGGGCCGGUGCAACCUCCACGCCCAAGAAGAAAAAGAACAAGCUCAAGUCGUUGUUCGUGCCCAAGUCCAACCUGCACCGCAACUCGUCCCAAUCCAUGUCCACGCUGGGUCCGCUGCCCGAGAGGGACUCUGCCCUGGGAUCUAGUCGAUCCUCUGGCCUCAACGUGGACUCCCCUGAAGCAGGCAAAAAGAAGUUCAAAUUCCUGACCCACAAACGCACGGGGAGCUCCGACAGCAAGUCCUCUCUGGGCUCCUUCUCUGGCCUGGGCCAGUCCAAGCAGUCCGGCACACUGCCCAGCAACCUGUGCGUCAACGGCAGCCACGUGUACUCGGAGGAGCCCGAGCGCAAGCCCUCCCGGGCGAGCUCCACCUUCAGCCUGAGCAGCUCUGGCCACGGGUCCAUGGAGGAGCUCCGCAAGUCCUCCGCCCCGAGCAGGAGCAGCACGACCACCUCUGUGGAGUCCCUACGGGCCUCGGAGGCACACCUGCAGGCAGAGGAGGAGGAGGAGGAGGAGGAGGAGGAAGAGGAGAGAAAGAGGAGGAUGAGAGAAGAGGAGGAGAGGAGAAGGUUGGAGGAGGAGGAAGAGGAGGAGCAGAGGCUGGAGAAAGAGAGGGAGAGAAGGAGGUUUGAAAUGGAGGAGGAAGAAAGGAUUAGAAAAGAGGAGGAGGAGGAGAGGAGACUGAAAGAAGAGGAGCGGAGGAAAGCUGAGGAAGAAAGGAUGAGGAAAGAGCAGGAGAGACUGGAGGAGGAGAGGAAAAGGAUGAGGAGAGAGCAGGAGAGAAGAAGUCUGGAAGAGGAAGAGAGGAUCAGAAAGGAAGAGGAAGAAGAGAGGGAGAGGAUGGAGAAAGAAGAGGAGAGACUGAGAAUAGAGGAGGACAAGAGAAAGGAUGAAGAGAGGAGGAGAAUUGAGGAAGAAGAAAAGGUUAGAAGAGAGGAAGAGAAGAGGAGAGAGGAAGAGAGAAUUGAAGAAGAAAGGAGGAGAGAGGAAGAGAAAAUUGAAGAGGAAGAAAGGCUCAUAAGAGAGGAAAGAGAGAGGAUUUGGAGGGAGGAGGAGGACAAAAAGGAACUUGAGUUGCAGAAAAAAGAGGACAUGGACAGUGAGGAAGACAGAGGAAUGGCAGAGGAGGAAGAGGAGAGAAGAAGGGAUGAACAGAUUAAGAAAGAGGAAGAGAGAAGAAUGUUAGAAGAGGAAGAAAGGAUAAGGAGAGAAAGAGAGAGAAUGGAGAGAGAGGAGGAAGAGGAGAGACAAAGAAUUGAGGAGGAAAGGGUUAGACGAGAAGAAGAGAGGAGACUUGAGGAGGAGAAGGAAAUGACCAGACGAGAGGAAGAGAGACAAAGAAUUGAAAGAGAAGAAGAGAGGAGGGCAAGAGAGGAACAAGAGCAACAGAAAGAGGAGGAGAGGAUAAGAGCUGAGCAGGAAGAGAGGAUGAAGAGAGAGGAGAUGAGGAUGAAAGAGGAAGAACGAAUUAGGAAAGAAGAAGAGAGAAAAAAGACUGAAAAAGAAGACCGGAUAAGAAAGGAGGAAGAGGAGAGGAGGAAGAGAGAGGAGGAGGAGGAGAGGCAAAAUAAACUGGAGGAGGAGCAGGAAAGGAAGAGGAGAGAGAAGGAGGAAGAAGAGGCGCAGAGACUAAAGAAGCUAGAGAAGGAGGAGGCGGAAGAGAAAAAAAGGUUAGAGCGAGAGAGUAGGAUGAAGGUAGAGCAAGACGAGUUCCGCCAUGGAGAGAUGGAGUCCGCUGUAGCCCCAAACGUCUCCUCAACUCACCUACUCAACGAGGGUCUCUUCACCAAUCCGUUCGAAGGUCCCUCUAUCUCCACCAAUCUGUUUGAGGAUCCCUCGGUCUCAGCCAAUCCCUUUGGGGAGGCGGGGUCUCCACAUGAUCAACUCAGCCACUCCACCAAUGUUUCUACAGUCAAGCCAAGUUCACCUAGUGUAGGAUUUCCGCCUCAAGCCUCUCACACGUCAUCAAACCCUUUCUUGACUCCUGAUGAUCCUGAAAACGCAGUCGGUUCCGUCAGUGGGAGUGUAGAGAACCUCACAGGUACGUGGACCCCUCACGGGGACCGCACGGAGAAGAAACGGCGCGCCCCGUCUCCUCCGAUGAGGAAGCUGGCUCGGGAGACGGCUGCUGCCAAACAAGCCACACCUCUGCCGACCUCCACCCUGUCCUCCGCAGGCCAGCCCCACCAGCCGGUCAGAGAGAGGGAUGGCCACAGGGUGCCUGACCCCCUCAGCUCUCGCCAGGACAAGCGUCCCGCUCCACAGCCUCCUGCUCAUCUGAGGAAGGCAGAGAAAAGCCAGAGCUUGGAGGACACCAGGACUGGAUCGGCACCACCACCACGGUCUGAAACGAUGGCGUCGUGCCAUCCAGCAGGGAGCGAUGAUGUGCCAGCGCCAGGGUCUGAAACGAUGGCGUCGUGCCAGCCGGCAGGGAGUGAUGAUGUGCUAGUUACCCCAGUGCCCUCUUUGGCCUCGCAGGUGUUUAGAAACGCUUUGCAGAACUACGGCCUCGCCUUAAAAGGAAAGGCUGAGAGGAUCAAGAGCAGCCGCUCCAGCAGAGCUGAAGAAUCUGCCGCCUCGAAGAAUUCUGAUGGAAGCGACAACAAGCAACGAGCCGCGUCCGAGUCGUCCAGAGCCGCCGUUCAGCCAGGUCACGCAACCAAUCCGUUUUUAGAACCGAAAGUGUCCAAACACAACAAGGGUCCUGCACCCAAGCCUCGGGCGUCGCCACGAAAGGCAGAGCCCCAGGGAGGGUCAGCACUGGCCGUCGCAGAGCGUAAACAUUCCGAGGAAACGCACAAGGAAACCUCCAGCCUGGACCCUCACAGAAAUGGCAGCGACUCGUCUGAAGGUCGUCCAGUGGAAGAGCCCAAGAGACCAGACGUGGCCGAGAUGGUCCAUGUACCGAGUGCCAAGCCAGAAGACGACACGCAUCAUGUCGACAACACGGGAGCGACUGCACACGCAAUGGCCACACCAGGCUCUGCGGUGGAGGCUGAAGGCCACAGCACAGAGCUGGACUCUCAAAUCAAAGAUGACCAGAAGCUUCCGAAACUGGAUGCCCUUUCCUAUGUAGAGUGCACGGAUGGCCCUAAACGAGUAUCGGAAAAGAAAACCCGUGCACCCUUACCACCUGCCAGCACCCCCAAAACACAGCCUCCUCAUUCCCCGGGUCCUGAUGUUACUGCACCAGUCGAGAAGACGCCACCAAGUCAAGAUGCUAAUGUGCCAAGCGAUGUGAAGAGUGCUGACAGCGUAAUUUUACACGUUCACUCUGCCUCCUCAUCAUUCGUCGCCGGGUCCUCCGACCCGCCGAGGGAGGCUGGGGGAGUCUCCGCUCCAUCGGUGGCAACUCAGAGUUCAUCUCCGCAGAGAGUCCGGCUCCAUGCCUGUGUCGAUGCCCUGCCACUCUCCAUGCCAAACGGAGUGACAGGGGACAGCGGCAAAGCCGGUGGGUCCACAUUGACGUCACGCAGACCUCAUGCAGUGAAGCCUCUGAGUGCCCAGGAGCCAACGCCAGCCCCCAGAAUGCAGCCUAAGCAGGAGCAGACGCCAGUCGGCAUGGCUGAGAGCGCCCGCACCCACGCCACCACCAAGGUGGCCCCAGCGGAGCCCAAGGGGCCAUAUUCUCAGCUGACCCAGGAGGAGCUGAUCGGCCUGGUGUUGCGUCAGCAGGAGCAGCUGGCCCAGCGCAGCGCCAAGAUCCUGGAACUGGAGGAAUACAUCGACAACUUGGUGCUGCGCGUCAUCGAGGAGAAGCCCAGCAUCCUGAUGUCCCUCAGCGCUCCAAAGAGGGGUCUCUAAACACACACACACACACACACACACACACACACACACACACACACACACCUCAGCAUGUAAAGUAAAGAACUGCUCCUAAAUAUAUUCAAAAUACACAUAUAUAUACACACACACACACACACACACACACACACACACACACACACACACACACACACACACACACACACACACGCGCGCGCGCGCACACAUAUCAAAGAAUGUCCGCUAUGUAUUCACAUCAGGCUGAGUGCAGUAAGUGCAACAGAGGAAGUCCACCAGGAUAGCUCACACCACAUGCUAGCAUGCCUAAAACUCUCGUCCCCUCACACCCAAGAAAGAUCUAUUAGAACACUGGUGCAGUGUACCCUGGAGGGGUAUCAGGAAAUGCCCCAGGUGUAGUAUCUCUGGAGGGGUAUCACCAAAUACCCCAAGGGCAGUGUAGUCUGGUGGGGUAUCAGGAAAUGCCCCAGGUGAACUGAAUGUAAUUGAGUGAAUGAAGUACAUUGCAAAAAAGUCUUAAUACUAUGCACAGCUUGGCUGAGUGUUUUUUUUUUUUUUUCUUUUUUUUUUUUUUUCUUGAAGCGAGGGUUCUGAAAGUUAUUUGUUUACAGCUGCCUGCAAACACUAGUGUGUCAAUAGACAAUGAAGGGCAAAGGCCUUCUCGUAUGCCAGCCCCAGUCCGUACACAUACCCAGUCAAUAGAGCAAAUGAAUAAUAUUCACACGUUGCAUUCUUGUGUGCCUUUCUUGAGUAUUUUACAUGUUCGCUGUCAGACUGAUUGAUGACUGUUUUGAAGUAAAUGUUUGCACUUGAAUGAAACCACAACAAUGAAGGCAGAGUUCAGCAAGAGCACUUCAAUAUAUAUGAAUAUAUUUGUAGCACUUUAUUGAAGCCUUUUGAACUGUCUGUCUCUCACGGUCUUUGUGAUGUUUCUUGUUAUAUUUCAACUGUCGAACAGCAUGCAUCACUACUGUUCCAUAAUUCCAAGAGCACUGUAAAUGUAUGUCAUUUAAAUGCUGUGUCAGAAAAAACAAUAAAAAAUAUAUUGCUAUCAUAUCAAAGCUAUUGCCUUGCUUUUUAAGGGUACAUGGGACAACUUUUUCAGUAAUGUUACCGGGCAACCACAUAACCGCUUCCACAUGUUCUAAUUGGAUGGUCAUGAAAUUUUGCCCACAAGUUUUCCAGGGGGAAAAAAUGACCAGUAUUGCCCAGUAUUAAUGGGGACAUGUCAGAACAACACUGCUCAUGACCAUUGCUCAAAAAGUUGCCUCAUGUAUGCAUCAUCAGCUUCAUAAAUAAAUGAUGCCUACAUUUCGUUUGACUGUCUGUAACCGACUUCAUUUUACAUCUGAGUUCUGCCUCGACUCCCUAUGAGAAUGCAUUAAGUCUUUGAUGACCAGUGCAGAGCACAACAAUGAAAUGACCCGCAGCAUCCCUGCCCGAAUCUGUGACUGCAGUCAAAAUUGCUUGUUUCGUCUGAGCCACGGUCAACUGUGUGGCUCCAGAAAUAAUUAGCAGACAGGAGUGAGAAGACUUGAAACAUGAGUGGCAUCAUCACAGGCUACAGCUACAGCAUGUCAAAUGUUCCCAUUUUCAUGUGUGCCUUGCCUACCAUGUUUAUUAAAAGCUAUUUAUUUCAAUA